AUGCGACGCGGUACACUUCAGAGGAGGAACAGUGCCAGCAACGAUGAUGCUGCUGCAGCACAAACGGCAAGGCGUGUUGAGGCCCGCACCGAAUUCGCCCGGCGAGAGCGCAGGCAUGCUUCAAGGCAGCAGCAGCAGCAGCACCCUCAGCUGCAGCCGUCGCAGGUGCUGCAGAGGCCUCUUGCACAUAAAAAUCAAGACCUAGGCGGUGUACGUCUUAUCUUCGCAAUAGAGGGCAGACGGGCACUGCCUGCGCGCGACGCGGCAGCUCCACAGGGGGUUGCUGCAGCAGAAGCAGCUGCAGCAGCAGCAGCAAGGGGAGUCCGGACGCCAGCAGCUGCAGCGGGAAAUGACAGUCUUCACGCUGCACCCCCCAUCUCCCUCAACAGCAGCGCCAAGCAGGAGGCUCGUGGUGCGACAGGCGUCUCAGCAGCAGCGUGCAGGAUGCUGUCCGCUAGAGAGGCUCUCCGUGCAGCAACAGCAACACCAGCAAAUGCCAGGGCAGCAGCAGUAACUGUAGCAGCGCCAGCAGUAGCCGCAACAACAACGCAACUGAAAACAAAAAGCAGCAACAACGGCACGCCAAUAGAGCCCCACAGCAGCAUUCUUGACAGCGACACCCCGCAGCACAUUGUCGAAAGAAUCGUUUCUCGCGUGCGAAGACGCGUGGCCGCAGAGAUGAGCAGCAGCAGCAGCAGCAACAACAGCGAGGUUAGCAGCAGCAACCCCUGGGGUUGGCAGCGGCUCCGCCGGACAUCGCGAACCUCUCGGCGACUGCAGCACCGCAACAAACACAGCGGCAGCAGAAAGCACAGUGGCGCAGCAAGAAGGCUCGCCUCUGGCAGCAACAGCAGAUCCAGCAGCAGCAGCACCAACAGCACGUUCAAAAAGGUCAACAAAAGCAGGCAUCGUCACGGGGAACGGCCAGGGCGUACCAGACGGCGCAGCCGCAGCAACGGCAGCAUUCGCAGUAACAGCAGCACGAGGGACCGCAGGAAGUUGGGGAAUGAUCAGACGCCGUCUGCCUCCCUCGACCGUACCGUGUCUCCCAAGGCGAAGGCAGAGAAGGCAGAAGACAUUUUUAAUACCGCUGGAGGAGCGUCAUUGCAGCAAGGGUUGAAUAGAGAGCUGCUGCUUGGAUGCAGCAAAGGCAGUGGCAGCAGCAAGACGGAGUCUUUGAUAAGCCAGUGGCUCAACUGCUCUUCUGCGUUUCUGCUGGAAGACGGGCCCAAGGAGCUUCAGGAUUCCCAGUCUCUCGUGGAUUCUUCCGCCGGCGUGACUCUCGGGUCGUCUAUCUUCAACAUUCCCACGAAAACAGUAGCAGCGCCAGCAACAGCAAAGCGACGAAGCCGAAGAGACAGUGCUCCCGAGUCUGCUGCCCUAACCGGCCUAGAGGAGGACAUUAUUCUAAACGCAAGGCCAGAGGAACUCAUAGCUCGUAUCAAGCGACGCCUUGGGCUCCUCAGCAGCAGGAGCAGCAGCACCAGCAACCGCAGCAACAGCAGCAGAUGCCGCUGCUGUUGCAGGACACGCCGAUGCUCGUGCAGGAGGCAGCGAAAAGAUGCAGCGUGCAACAAUUCGCCGUCUUUGUCGCGAGAUUCAGAGCGACUGCUGGAGGAGACACAAGAAGCCCGGGACGCCUCUCUGCUUGGGGGAGACGCUAACUGCAGAGAGCACCAGCAGCAGCAACAGGAGCACACGGCUGGAAAAGGGCCAGUGCUGUGGCUACACGGCGACCGGCGGCCUCCAAGUCUCACCCUUAGUGCCCUUGAGCAGUCGCAGGAAGGUCAUUCUCGUUCGAACCAGCAGCAGCUGCAGCAACAGCAGCAAAGACAGCAUCGGCAACUUGCAUUUGGGGUGACUGAAAGGCAGUUGCCAGCAGAAGCAGAUUUUUGCGAAUCCCCCUUCGCACAGUUUGCCCUGGAUUCGUCUGUUGCGGCUGAUGCUGUGCAAGACGACGCAGCAGCACCAGCAGCGACAGCAGCAGAUACAGUACAAGCAACAACGACAGUAGCAGCAGCGGCAGCAGCAGCAACGGCAACAGCAGCAACAAAAGCAGAGGCAUUGCCUCUAAAUGACAGCCUCCUCUUCCGCCUGUCCCCUGACUCGUCCUGCCACCCGCGGUCUCCCUCGGAGUUUGCCCUCGAUGCCUCUCCCCAACAGCUGCAGCAGGUGCUGCCCCAGCAGAUGCAGCAGCGACGCCGGCGACUAGGCGAAGAAGGCCUAUCUGCGUCUGAGACAGAGUCGCCGAAGGAAGAACAGCAGCAGCAACGGCAGCAGCAGCGUCACAGGGACACUGACUACGUAGAUGAUCUGACACGCCAGGUAAAGCAGCAGCACGAGCUGGCGCAGCAGCACCGGCAACCCCAAAGAUACCGAAGCAUAAGUGCUAAUUGGACGCUGCAGCGAGAGGUGGAACCGCAGCGUAAGGGAGAGGCCGGAGCAGCGCAGCCCUCGCAACAGAAGCAACAGAAGCCGUUGGUAGGGCAGAAGCAACUGCAGCAACAGCAGCAGCAACAGGACGAGACGGCACGCCUGCGCCCUGACGGGAGUUGUGGGGACAAUGGGGAUGAAGCAGCAAAGCGGGUUCGAUCACAAGAGGAUGAACAGCAACAGCGGCAACAGCAGCACAUGAUUGGAGCUGCCACAGAGGAAACAGCUCAGCUCGUAACCGCGGAGAACCAUGCUACAACAGAAUCUUUCCGGAAGCAGCAGUUGCAGCAACAGCAGGAAAAGCAGCAGCAGUCGCAGCAGCAGCAGCAGGGAGAGCAGGAUGCUCCCGAAUCACCAAGCGGGGGAUGGGUCAACGAUGCAGCAGCAGCACAACUACCUCAGUUAAUAGAAUCGACAGCAGUAACAGGAUAUCCUGUAUCAACGGAGAAUUUUGACGAGGUUGCUGCGGCGUCUCCGGCACUAAUUAAUUCAGCAGCACCAGGAGCAACAGGACCAGCAGCAAGAGCAGCAGCAGCACAAGCAGCUCAAGCGGACCCAGUAGCAGAGUUGAAUUCAACACCAAACGAAUUUGUAGGAUAUACAGUAGCAUCAGCAACAGGUAACGCCAAUGCUGCGGGUUCAGAGGCGGUAGUUCUUGAGCUGCCAUCAGGAGCUACAGGAGCAUCUGCAGCAGACCCGGAUGCUGUUGAGAGUGACGAGAUGCAAGCCGCAGCGUCAACAAGCCCUGUGGACGCAUGCGGCGUUGUGGGGAUUACUGCCACAGAUGCUGCUGAGUCUCUUCUCGCUUGCGCUGCAACAAUACAGCGGGCUCGGCUGGAGGUAGCAGGCGUACCUGACGCAGCUGCCUGUGCAGCAACACCAGAAGCGGCAGCAACAGCAGCCAUACCUCCAAAUGCAGUGGAAUUUCCCGCAGUUGUAAUCACAGCUCCUACUGCUGCAGCCGUUGAUGCUGCUGUCCCAACUCAUUCUGUCUCCGAGGUGGCUGCGCCUGCUGCACCACGAGUCUCUCCCGUUGCCGCUGCAGCAACUGCUCUAACUGCUCCUGCUUUUGGAGUAGCUGCUGCUGCAGCGGCUGCUCCUACUGCAGCAGUAGCUGCUCCUGCUACUGCAUUAGUUACUCCUGCUGCUGCAGCUGCUCCUGUUGCAGCAUUAGCUGCUCCUGCUGGUGCAGCAGCUGAUCCUGCUGCCUCAGUAGCUGCUCCUGCUUUUGAAGUAGCUGCUCCUGCUGCCUCAGUACCUGCUCCUGCUGCUGCAGUGCCUGCUCCUGGUGCUGCAUUAGCUGCUCCUGCUUUUGAAGAAGCUGCUCCUGCUGCCGCCGUAGCUGUUCCGACUGCUGCAGUACCUUCUUCUGUUGCUACAGUAUCUGCUCCUGCUUUUGAAGUAGCUGCUCCUGCUGGUGCAGCAGCUGCUCCUAGUUUAACUGCAGCUGCUCCUGCUGGUGCAGUAGCCGUUCCUAGUUCUACAGUAGCUGCUCCUGCUGCUGCAGUAACUGCCCCUUCUGCUGCAGUAGCUGCCGCUGCUGGUGCAGUGGCUGCUCCUGCUGGUGCAGUAGCUGCUCCCAGUGAAGCAGUAGCCGCUCAUGCCGCUACAGUAACGGCUUCACUUCCUACAGGAGCUGCUCCUGCUGGUGCAGUAGCUGCUCCUGCUGCUGCAGCACCUGCUCCUGCUGCUAUAGUGGCUCCUGCUGCUGCAGUAGAUGCUCCUGCUGCUACAGGAGCUGCUCCUGCUGUUGAAGUAGCUGCUCGUGCUUCCACAGUAUCUGCCCCGGUUGCUGCAGUAGCUGCACCUGCUGCAGUAACUGCUGACCGCGUUGACGCAUGUAGGGGCAGCCAAAUGUUUGCUAAUUUCGCGUCUGCAGCAGCGGCCCUACAGCGAGCAGCAGCAGAAGCGUCCUCUACUUGCGAAGUGCCGCAGGCAUUUCGUCACUUUCCACAGGAAUGUGUGCUGCAGCCGCUUCCAACCUGCAACAGCAGCAGUAACAGCAACCAUUGCUACUGUUUGCAGAUUCCCUUCGUUAGCCCUUCUGUGUCUGCUGCUGCACUUGCGGCAUGUUCGGGCUGUCUCCAGCAGCAUCUGUUGCUGCAGCACCACAAACAGCUGUACGUGCCGCAGCACGAACAGGGAAAGCAGCCUCAACCCGCCUAUCUGCAGCUGCUGCUGCGAGAGCAGCAGCAGCCAAGUACGGACCUGGCUGCUGGAGUCCAAGUGGCCUCACUACCAACCGUGAAAGUGACAGCAGCUGAGCAGCAGGAGCAAAGGCCACUGCAGCACCACCAGGAAGCAUCAGGUCAGCAUUUGUUGCAAAUGCUCGCAGCAGCUGUUCAUCUGCCUUCCAAGGAAUGCCGACACGGGCGGCGGACCCGCAGACAAAGCAGCAGAAGCAGUAGCGAAAGCAGCAGAAGAAUCAGGAUACCAGAACGAAGAGGUACAGAUGAGGCUCAAAUUGUAAAACGGAAUGCGAAGAAGGAGAAAGAAGGGAGGAAAGACAAAAAAGACAGAGGGAGAACACCCCCCAAACAUGGCGGGCGCUGCAGCAGCGGCAGCAGCAACGGCAAAAGGGUGUCAGAGAGACGAGAGGGGAAGAUAAACAGCAAACAUAGCAGCACAUAUGUCACGCACGCAGCACGUGAAAGAAGGCGCAGCAGCAGCCAUCGUCAAACAUGCAUACAGCAGGAAGCUCUGUCUGCUGCUGCAGCUGCAACCGCACCUGCGGCUGCUAGUGCUGCUACAACAGCUGCUGUAGCAGUCCCUCGAAACAAAGACUUCACCCAGAGAAGGGGGCGGCUAGAGGGCAGCAACAGGCAGCAGUGGAAGGUGCUGGGGAGUAAGGACUACGGGGCGGAGGAGAAGCUGGCAAGAAGCUUUAGACUGCAGCAGCGGUGCCGUUUGCUUCGGCUGCUGCAGCAGCAGCUGGAGCUGCAACAGACGCAUUUUUCAACUGCUGCACUGUUGAAUGACUGA